AUGAAUUAUAUAGAGAGGAACAAAAUCGAAACGAUUUAUAAGGACGACUAUACAGAUUUCACGAGACUUAGCGAUUUUGAAAUUUUCACCAAGGAUAUCCUAGUCAGCCUAAAGAAACUAAAUAUUCUGGAGACCAAGAGGAAGUAUGAAAAAAAGUAUGCAUUUGCUAACGCUGAGCUGAGGGACAAACCUCUGGCCCCUCUUUCCCUGUUCAUCACGGUGGACGACACAUGUAAUUUUUUAAAAAAAUUUAUCAUAAAGAAGGAUUACUGUAUAAAGUUAAAUUAUAUAUAUUACCCUCAUAAUAAAUGCCAAAAUGUCAUCCCCUUUAAUGUGAAUGAAAAUUCGUACCUUUAUAAAGAAAAUGUGAAAACGCAGAACUCCUUUUAUUGUUUGCAUGGGAAUUUGAAUUGCCCCGAGAUUGUGCUUUUCCCCGCGAGGACCUUCCCUAUACAGCGUUUUUUUUUCGUGAACGAGUACGUGGAACUCGAACUCAUAGACAGGAGCGCCCCCGAGGAAGAGCAGUACAUCGUUGUCGAGAGCCAGUCCGUGAGUAUCUUAAUGUUAAAUGCGUUGAAGCAAGCCCUGAAUGAGUUGGAGAUUUGUCUGCCCACCUUCAUCGCUGUGGACAAGAACUACUACAUAUACCACGGGCACUUUUACACGAGCGACUAUACCUACUUUAAGUGCGUGCACCCGUACAUAACGGUGCACCGGAAGGACUCCGGGGCUGCAUGUGGCACGACCAAGGCAACUGCAACGGUAACUGCCAACGGGUCUACCAACGCAACUACCGACAGGGUAGGAAGCCCGCCCUCUGGUGUACCGGAAAAGGCUAACUACGUAUCUCUAUACAAAGGCACAGGGUUUGAAGUGAAUUACAACUCCUUCAAAUUCUUCAACUACUUCAAGUGCUUCUCUUACGACCAACUGGUGGCCCUCUUCUCGCUUUUCAUUUAUCUGUCCAACGUGAGGGGAAAAAACAUUUAUAAAAUAAAUGUGUACAUUAAAAAUAUAUACCUGAUUGACAAGCCAAAUUGCAGCCAUGUGUUCAGGGCCACAAGCCUGAGGAACAAAGAAUUCAACCUUCUGAAAAGGUUGAUCAGGAGAAAAGAAGGAGAUGCGAGAAGUGCAAUAAGUGCAAUAGGUGCGGGAGGAGGAUGGAAAAGAGAAAAACAAACAUAUGAGAAGAGUAAACAAAUCUACAUUUUUAAGGACACGUACAAAAGGAACUGCUAUAGGAAAGAUGUUCUGCGGUACAUGUACCUAAACCAUAUUUAUAAUUAUAUUAAGAAAAAAAAAUUUUAUGGGCGAAGAAUAUUUCUUUGUUGCUUCGUGAAGGAGAGGAAUGGAUCCCUCGGUAGUAGGGACCAUAAUAGUGAGACAACUCCCCUCCAUUGGUUGAUUGUUAAUCGUACAGGAGAAGAAGAACGAAGAAUAGCUAUUCGGAACUACAUGUUUAGCAUGAGAAAUAACCUUUUUGGUAAACCAACUUAUUAUCCAUUUGGUGAUUUAAAGAAAGUAAAAUUAGUGGAUAUCUUGUCUGAAGACGCGAAGAUGGAAGAGAAGGACAACGCGGAGAAGGAGGAUGAUGAUAAUGAAGAUGAUGAAGAAGGAGAGAAUAAUGAAAAUACCCCUCCCGAUUAUUCUGAUUCAUCUCUUCUGUUUUAUCCGUGUCCAUCUGUCACCCAAAACAGCAGUUACGAGGCAAAUUACGAAAAUGUGAAAUCCAGAAGGAAAUCCACCUUCGAAGAAAUCAAUAGACUGUACCAUAAUUUGAGAAAUCACAAGAAUUUCUCUAAAAGUGAGAGCGGUCCUUUCGUUUCCAUUUAUAUCUUGAAUUUUAUCAACAACAUGGAGUAUAAGAUAUUGGAUGGGUUAGUCUGCUCUCACAGCGAUAGCAUUUCCCCCUUGAGUGGUAGCCCCGUUCACGUGAACCCCCACGGGAAUGCGCGAGGCGUAGAACAGGACAGGAGAAAAAGAAAAAAACGAGUGACGAAUGUUUGGAAAAUCAGAUUCAUCAACAACGAUAAAUACAAAGGAAAGAACAGCUUCCUCCUAAAGAACAUACUUAGGCUAUAUUACAAUGAAUUGUUAGAAUUAAAGAAAAGAAAGAACGGUAGCGGAAAGGAGUGCAGUAACGAUAUGAUAUCUUCUGUGCAACACUAUUUGAUGGAGUUCAUGUCACUUAAAAACAAGGAGUGGGUGAAGGACCGGGAAAUUGGUACUUACAGUUGCUUCAACAUAGAGGAGGACUCCACCCGCUACUAUAUCGACAAGGUUCUUAACAACAUGUUUAGUAGUAGCAAAAAAAAAGUUUAUGAAUGGCCUCGGGGACGGGGGGCUAGAGGGAAACUGCGACCAAGGAGAAAUACCCACAAUGAGUGCUUCAGUGCGGAGGAGGCACAGAUCAUCGGAGAGAACUACUUGAAUAAUGACGCAGGGAGGAAUCAGAACGGUGUGGCGUGGGCCAAUCAGAGUGUCAUCGGGGCAAACCUCUUCGUAAGCAAAAUUGACGGAGAGCUGUUUCCGCGGAGGAGUAAUCGAGGGUAUCACAGCCUAUACCAGAAGGAUGCCAAGGAGGUUCACUUCAUUUUAAAGAAGGGAGACUACUCCCCCAAGAAGAGGGGUUUCUCAAUGUAUGAAAGAAGGUGGAGGAAUCUCCGGUGUAAUGUGGGUGUAAGAGGAGAAAAGGUUCAAAAGAAGGGGCAACAAAGGGAGGACGACGAGAGCAGCCAAAAUGAAAAUAUUGAACAGAGCGAUGAUAAUGGUGCGAGUGAUCGCAGUGGAAGGAGGAAGAUGUCGCAAGGAAGUGGAAGAAAAGUAGAACAAUUGGUGAAGGAUUUUCUAAAAAUUAAGGAAAAGUACUUUCUGUGUCAGCACGAGGAAAGGAUAACCAUCUUAUUCUUUUACCUCAUCAGCCAUUCAAGCAACUUAAAAACAUUUUACUACAUAUGGAACCAGUUCUUCGAUAAUAUAAGGAAUAAGUACGAGAACAACGAAUACAUUUUCAACGACCAUAUGUUCCUGUCCUAUGGUCCCUUGAAUGUUUAUUCAUAUAGAUGUUCCAUCCUCUCGCAGUACAUAAAAGCGUUAAACAUUUCAACGCAACAAUUUAAAAUAAACGAAAUGAAGAAUCAUAUGAAAUUAAAAAAAACGCUAAGUAUCUUUUGCAACCAUAGCCAUAAUGAUUUAGGAAAGGAAAGCUCAAAUAAUGGGAGUCUUUCCAACAUAAAUGGAAGUGAACCUUUUGUAAGUAUUUCACAGACUAAGAGUAGCAAUAGCUUUACCAACUUUUUUAAGAAAAGUACAUUUGAGGAAAGCGUGUUUUAUUCUUGUGAAAUGAACGAUAGCAGUAGCAGUGUGUGUAAUAGGAAAUUUUACGGGGUGCGUAAUGGAAGCACUUCGGCAAAUCUUGAACAGGAAUAUAAUGGGAGUACCGAGUCGAUUGCACGUAUGGGCUCUCAGGUGCCACCCGUGCCCGUGCUCUCCUCCAUCAGCAUCAGUAACAACGUUAGUAGAAAUAACAGUAACGACGCCAGUGGAAAUGCCAGUGGAAAUGCUAGUGGAAAUGCUAGUGGAAAUGCCAGUGGCAAUCCCAGUAACAACCCCAGUAGCAACAUGGGUGAAAGCAACGGAAAUGGAGAUGCCUGCAAAUUGUCCAUGUGUAACAGCGCGUACCCCGGAACGGAAAAAAAAAAGACGAACAAAAAAAGCAACUUAAUGAUAUCCAACUUUUUCCCUUAUCCAUUAAACAACAUGGAACUCUUCAUAACGAAGAACAACGGAGGAGCAAAGGAAGUGAAUGACCAAGACGACAUGAUCACCCUCAUACAUGAAAUUUUAAAAAACAACAACAAAGACACCUAUACCUACUGCGAUUUCAAAAAAUGGUAUAGAAGCAACAUAGGGAAAUUUAGAUACACCUCUCAGAAUGUUUUAAAACAAUGCUACAAGAGCAUAAAGGAUAGCUACUUUGUGAAUGUAGAUGUAGGUUAUAUAAAGGAGAAAUGCAAAGAAAUAGAUGAAAAAUACUACAGGAGAAAUAGAAAUGAUUCCUUUAACAGAAAAGGGAAUGAUGAUUACCUAAAGAAGAUGUUCCAUUACGUAAAGAACAACUAUGAUUAUAUAAAAAAAAUAAAAUGCCCAUUCAAUACCUUCUUCGUGGGAGAGCUAAACCUCGAUAACCUCCUAAAUUUAAAUAUUAUCGAUUUGCUCGAUUGUGCAUUUAAGGUUUUUUUCAUUUCUUAUUUAAACUCCGUGAUGAACUCCAAGUUGAUUUAUGUACGGAAGAUUCAAGAUAUUCUAGACAAUAUGUUUACCAUUAUAAAAGGUAUUCACAGGAGGGGCAAAAGGAGGAGUAGGAAAAAGAAAAGGAAAAAGAAGAAGAAGGAAAAGGGGGAGAGAAACCACGAUGGGAAAGAUAGUCGAAAUGAUGAUAAGAAGGAUCAUGACAGUGACAGCGUUGCAACGAACCAUCCUCGUGAUGACGCAAGGAGGAAGGAUCGCAAUUCCAAUUUGAAGGAUACUGAUGAUGACAACCUCCAUAACUUGAGAAAAAAUCACGUAAAUCUUUGCCCUCUUCGUGUCAACCCCCUUUAUAGUGAUAACCUAGCGCAGAAAGGGAAGAGUAACGAUGGAAAUUUUCCUUCUGUUUCAAGGAGGGGUAACCAAGGAGGAAGAAACACCCCCUCGAGUGAUAGCAACCGAAGCAAUGAGGAACUCUUUGCCGUUGGAGCUCCUAAUGGAAACAGUCCAAACCACUCAGGGAGUACUCCGUCAAGGGAUAAUCCUGCCCAUGUUAAGUCACAAGAAAAUAUGAACGACUCAGACAGAAACAGCAGUGACAGUGUAGAUUUCUGUGACAGUAGCGAACAGAAGAAAGGAUACAAAAAUAACUUCAACAUUAACAAGGAGGAAAAUUAUUUUAAAAAUUUCUCUGUCAAUUCAGAAAAGAAGAAGAAAAAAAAUACAUACAGCGAUAGCAACUUUUCCAGGGAAAUUAAAAGGACAUGCAGAAAAAGGUAUCAAAUUAUUUUUAACGAAAAAUUAUUUCUCCUAUUUGAAACAUGCGAACAAAUGUUUAACAAAGCAGCGUGGCUAUAUCAAAUAUUUAAUAACAAUUAUAAUGAAAAAAGGAUUUUCUCUUUGAUAAAUACCAUCCUGGAGUCGGAAGAAAAAGAAAUUGUCAUUAACCCUAAAGACCAGAAAUACUUUUACGACUUUAUUAAAAAUAUUUGCCUAAAUGAAAACAACAAGAAUAGCGCGUUGGAAAAGAAGUGGAGCAGCAGUGCCUCCAAGUUCCACAAAAUAAACAAAUCCAUUACUUCCAAAAAUUUAAAUAAAACGUUCAUGUCGAAAAACGAACGGAGCGAACGAAACGAAAGGAACGAAAGGAACGAAAGGAACGAAAAGAAUGAAAAGAAUGAGAAAAGCGAAAAAAAUGACAACAUCGGGAGUAGUGCAAAGAACCCCGUGAUUAAUAACCCCUAUCAAAAUUUGGGAGUGUCUGUAAAAGUAAAGAAGAGUGAUUCACAGCCUUACCAAACGGCGAGUGACGAAAAAAAUAUUAUCAACAAAGACAAGCUAUCCCUCCUGUUGCAUUCGUACAAUAAAGAACAAAAUAUUCAGGAGUGCAUUAUUGAUUUUGUCGACCAUAGUUUUGGAGACCCCCUCUACAACCCCCCCGCGCGCAUGUACUGCAGUGUGAACCCGGUCGACACGACCGUUUCGUUUGUUAAAACAACUUCCAUUUUGUGA